GUCACAUCCUUUCAUGACAUAGUCAACUACUAAACAAAGAAGCUCACCACCCCACUCUGCAAUGGAUGCCUAACCCAAAUCAAACUCUUCCACUCUUCUUCUCUCUGAGUUGGUUCAAAUACAACAUUAAUGAGACAGGGUCAGAGGGACUGAGCUUUGCAAUCUCAAUAGGAACCCUAAACUUUAAACUCCAGGCAUUUGAGGUUUGACUAGUUUAUAGGACAUCUUGUGAGAUGGAAGAGCUCAAGAAUUCAGCAACACAAACACUGUCUUCACAUGACCAAAACGAAUCACUGCUGAGGACAGCUCCAUCUUUUUCGAUAUUUAACUCAGCUGUUGAUGAGUUUCGAGAUUCUAAUCAGCAAGUAUUGGAGAGGACUAUAUCAAUAGAAGGUAGAAUAGGAGGGGAUGCAAGUGGUGACUUCAGAUUUCGAGACAAUGGCAUGGGAUUCAUUAAGGAGGAAGGUGAGGACGAAGAAGAUCGAGUACAACCUCCCAGUCCUCCUAUGUAUCUUGCAACAGGGUUGGGGUUUGAUAGUGGUGGUUUUGGUUUUCAUGGUGGUGAAGAGUUUCCUAUGCCAGAAAUUGAUGAGAAGGGCGAUCCGGAAGAGUAUUAUAAGAAGAUGCUUGAUGAAUAUCCCUGCCACCCAUUGUUCCUGAGAAAUUACGCUCAAGCUUUACAGUCUAAGGGAGAUUUACAAGGAGCUGAAGAAUACUAUUUCCGCACUACACAAGCAAAUCCGGAAGAUGGGGAGGCUUUAAUGCAGUAUGCUAAGUUAGUUUGGCAGCUCCAUCAUGACCAAGAUAGAGCCGUGAGUUACUUUGAACGUGCAGCUCGAGCUAGUCCUGAAGAUAGUCAUGUUCUUGCAACAUAUGCUAGUUUCCUCUGGGAAAUAGAUGAUGACCUCGAAGAAAUUGAAGCAGAUGAAGAUCCGAUUAAGGUCAAUAACGGUCAAUAUAUGGAUAAAUUUGAAAACAAAGACACCAAUGAAGAAAUUACAAGGGGGCACAUUUCAACAGGGAAUGAGAUUGAUGAUGAGGAGAACUACAAGACCAAGAUUCAAGAGAAUCCCACAAAUGCUUUGCUCCUAAGAAAUUACACCGAGUUCUUGUGCCAGAUCAAGGGAGACCUUCAAAGCGCAGAGAAAUACUAUCUUCGUGCCACAGUAUCUGAUCCUGGUGAUGGUGAGAUCUUGUCAAAGUAUGCUCAGCUGGUUUGGGAACUUCAUCACGACAGUAAGAAAGCAGCGUCCUACUUUGAGCGAGCAGUUGAAGCUACUCCUGAAGAUAGCUACGUUCUUGGGACGUAUGCUCAUUUUCUCUGGGAAAACGAAGAAGAUGACUGACUUUUACGAGGAUAGGGUAACCGAAGGGCAUAUAUUCAACUUCAUCUUGUACAAGGCAUAGCCAUGAGAGCUGCAGUAACCUGAAAUUGUGUAAAAGUGCAGGACUACAAAAACACCGGAAAGCAGUUUCUCGUGCUUCAUUGGGUCAUGAGCAGCUGUAGAUAAACCUGUAUAAGAUUUAGAAAUUUACAACUGAUAAAUUUGGUGCCCGUAGAAGUUAGUUAACUGAAGUGUUUUUACUUUUUAGUGUAAAAACUUGUUCUUUUGAGAAGCCACUGUUUUCGUUCUAGUGUAGACGACUUUGUGCAGUUGUACUUGUACCCUACUCUGUAUCGUAAGAAUCAAACCUCAUAAUGUUAUGUUUGAUCAUAAAAACACAUCAUUGUUGUGUAAGAUUUCGGCCGUUUUUACAUCCCAAGCUCCUGUGAUAUUUUCUUCCUUAUCAAUAAAUGGAAAAUAGGACAACGAAAGAGUUGUUUCACAUGUGUAACAAGUCUAGCAGUCGACUUCUGCCUAAAAGCACGAAAUAUGGAUACAUCCUAAGCUCUCUGCUAUCUAUUUAGUGCAAAAGCAGGGCUGUUUUGCAUCUAAUUCGUUACAUUCAC